AUGCCUAUCCCCAGUUCAUCAGCCAGAGCUCGUAGCUCAAGAUGGGAUGGACACCAAACCGAAAUUGUUUGCGCCGCCUUUGAGUGCCCAAAAGAGAUUUGGGUGAGAAGUUGUGUUGGCGUUGAUGAGUGUCCCAUUGGCAAGGACGACUUGAAAAUUGGCCACAUUGUCACAGGCAAGACCAUAGAGAUUCGAAAGAAUGAGGCCUCCCACCCCGACAUCCAGCACUCUGCCCCCGACAACGGUGACAUUAUACUCAUCGAGUUGAGUAUAGACAUCCUUCCAUCUCAGCCCCGCUCCGACCUCAGCUACACCCUCCUCGGCGUGGUAAGUGACUUGGUCGAAACCGGCGAGGUUGAUCAAGACGCCCGUAUUAAUCACAGUUUCACCAUAUUCGUCGACAAUCUGGGCCUCUCUUCCUCACUGGCCCAGCAGUGUGGCUGGGAGGGGAAUCUGAUAUUACUGCCACUCUUUCCUAUCAGGAGAUCUCCUAGGCAGCUGCAAAUCAAGAUCGCGUUCCGUCUGCUUUCCAUAUUCUUUGGGCUUCUCAUCGUGAAUUACCUGGGCAAAGUAUCUGCAUUUGACACCCCCUGGAAACUUAACCAGAUUACUGUCAGUGAAUACAAACAGAUUGUGAGUGUGGGAGCCGGUGCGCUGUGGAGCGAUGUCUACAUGACUUUAGAUCCUUAUAGGAUCAGCGUUAUUGGCGGUCGCAUUCCAUCAGCCGGGGGCGGUGGCUUGACACUCAGCAUUGUCACCGUCCGUUUCGACCUCUACAGCAUCCCUUGCACAACAUUGGUAUCAAAGCGGACUACUCUCGUCGACUGGGAACGCACUAGUGAUGACGCAGUUGUCAGAGAGGUGUCGAUCGCCACCACGCAAGAGUGGAAGGAAUUAGGGCAAGAGCGUGGAUUGUAUGACCCGUUCGUGUACAUGAACGAUGCAUCAAGAGACCCGGAUCGGCUGCUGUCGUAUGGCCAGGAGAAACUGGCUAAACUGAAGGCUGUCGCAUCCAAGUACAACCCGUCGCAGGUUUUUCAAAAUCUGCAGAAUGCUGGCUUUCUGCUUUCCAGGGUUUGA